CUACUCUCUCUCUCUCUCUGAGUCUCUUCGACUGCCAUUUCUUCUUUCCUUCCAUCUUCUUCGUCUCGCUCUCUCGCAUCUCCAGAAGCAGACCACGGCAAUGGCGAUGCUGAAGCGGGGCUUAAUCUCGACCUCGAAGCUCCUCUCCGCCGCGAGAGUUCCCACGGCCCCCGCGGCGACGACGACGACAACCCUAGGAGGAGUGGUUCGCAGGAGCUACAGCUUGAUACCCAUGGUGAUCGAGCACUCCUCGCGGGGCGAGCGAGCCUACGACAUCUUCUCCCGCCUCCUCAAGGAGCGCAUCGUCUGCAUCAACGGCCCCAUCUCCGACGACACGGCCCACGUCGUCGUCGCCCAGCUCCUCUUCCUCGAGUCCGAGAACCCUUCCAAGCCCAUCCACAUGUACCUCAACUCCCCCGGCGGCGCCGUCACCGCAGGUCUUGCAAUUUAUGAUACCAUGCAGUAUAUCAAGUCUCCUAUCAAUACAAUUUGUUUGGGUCAAGCUGCAUCCAUGGCAUCUCUCCUCCUAGCUGCCGGUGCCAAGGGCGAGAGACGGGCUCUGCCAAAUGCGACUGUUAUGAUUCAUCAGCCUUCUGGUGGCUAUAGUGGCCAGGCUAAGGAUAUGACGAUUCACACUAAACAAAUAAUUCGGAUUUGGGACUCGCUAAAUGCGCUGUAUGCUAAACAUACUGGACAAUCAAUAGAUAUUAUUCAGAAGAAUAUGGACAGAGAUUAUUUUAUGACCCCAGAAGAGGCAAAGGAGUUCGGGAUCAUUGACGAAGUUAUUGAUCAGAGACCAAUUGCUUUGGUGACUGAUGCUGUUGGCCAUGAAGGCAAAGACAAAGAUAAAGUCUCAAGCUAGGAUCUUGCUUUAAGUUGAUUCACUUUUUGAACGGUUUUGUUAUGUUCACAGUAGAAUACUUGUUUUUACUCUAGAUGAAAUGAUAUGGUUUUGUUUCUGA